GUUCUCAUUCUGAAUGAUUACACGAUCACCAGAGCCGGCUUCUCCCAACGGGCCUCUGUUAUUCUGUUCUUUCCUGUUUCUCUCUCUAUCUGCCCAUUAGUCUCCAUUUCUUCUUUCUCUCUUUCUUUUUAUCUUGUAUUUUCUCAUGGCCACAACAACUCAAGCAAGCCUUCUCUUGCAUAAACAAUUGAAAGAUCUUUGCAGAAAUCCAGUGGAUGGGUUCUCGGCUGGAUUGGUAGAUGACAGUAAUAUUUUCGAGUGGAGCGUUACCAUCAUAGGGCCUCCUGAUACCCUAUAUGAUGGUGGUUACUUUAAUGCAAUUAUGAGUUUUCCACCAAAUUAUCCAAACAGUCCUCCUUCUGUAAGGUUUACAUCAGAGAUGUGGCACCCAAAUGUCUAUCCUGAUGGCCGUGUGUGCAUCUCCAUACUCCAUGCUCCUGGAGACGACCCAAAUGGGUAUGAGUUGGCAAGUGAACGCUGGUCUCCUGUCCACACGGUUGAAAGCAUAGUUUUGAGCAUAAUUUCCAUGUUAUCGAGCCCAAAUGAUGAAUCACCUGCAAAUAUUGAAGCUGCAAAAGAGUGGAGAGAGCGGAGGGAGGAGUUCAAAAGGAAAGUAGGCCGCAUUGUGAGAAAAUCUCAGGAAAUGUCUUGAGCUUUGAAAGAGAAUGGAGAGUGGUCAUGGGUGGGAGGAAUAUCUUCGGCAUGCUGUUUUUCUCUCUAAAUUAUCGUGGCUGUCGGUUCAUUCGGUCCUGUAGAAUUCCAAUUGAAGCCCCUUACCUCAUCUUUCAGGACUUGGCAGACAUUGCUUAAUGUUUCUAUUUAAUGAGUUGGAGAGUGUGUUGCACAUGGGACCUCUCUCUCUCUCUCGCUCUCUCUGCGUGUGCUUUGUGAUUUUACUUAUUUUUCUUAAUACAAAAUUUGGUUUUGUUUAUUUAAAUGAUGAUCGUUUAUGAACAUUUGAGUGAUGCAGGAGGAUUAAGUUGGAGAUAGGAAUGGGAUUUGUAAUAAAAGGAUUGAACAUGUAAAAUGGACAAGGAUUUAGGUUUUCAAUCUUA